CAGCCUCCACCGAACGUUGUGUCAGCCCCGGGCCAGCGGGUUCUGCUACAUAGUUGCUGCUACAUCGCUGUUACAACAUUUGCCUCUUCCCGGUUGCAGUUGCAGUUCUCGGACUUCCUGUAUUUCCCCUCCCUUUCUCGGCAGGAAUUGCAUUAACACCUUUCUUUCCACCCGUCCCUUUCCACUUUUGGCUUGACAGAGACGUGGCAAAGAAGAGGCGCGGCUCCUUCUCGGAAUCAACGAUUGGGUGACAUUUGAAGACACUUGAGUGCUGGUGUAACUCGGGUCAGGCAACAUCUCUGCAGGACGUGGAUAGGUGACGUUUCUGGUCAGGACCCUUCUAAUCCGUCUGUGAUCACAUAUUCUGUUGUGCUGCUGCAAGGUAGCAGAUGGCAGAUUGUGUGACGAAAGUUGAACUGAGCAUCUGCUGUGAGAAUCUGUUGGAUAAAGAUGUUACUUCCAAAUCGGACCCAAUGUGCGCGCUGCACAUCAAUGUUAGUGAAAACCAGUGGGUUGAGAUAGAUCGCACAGAGAGAGUUAAAAACUGUCUCACUCCAAAGUUUGCCAAGAAGUUCUUGAUUGAUUACUACUUUGAGCAAGUUCAAAAACUGAAGUUUGGGAUUUAUGAUAUUGAUAACAAAACCAUUGAUCUGAGUGAUGAUGAUUUCUUGGGGGAACUAGAAUGCACUCUGGGACAGAUUGUCUCCAGUAGAAAACUGACUCGACCCCUCUUGCUGAGAAAUAAAAGACCAGCAGGAAAAGGAACAAUCACGAUCUAUGCUGAGGAAGUAAAAGACAACCGAGUGGUAAAUUUUGAAGCUCAAGCACGGAAAUUGGAUAACAAGGAUUUCUUUGGGAAGUCAGAUCCGUACCUGGAGUUCCACAAACUGACAGCGGAAGGAAGAUGGCAAAUGGUUCAUCGAACGGAGGUUAUAAAGAAUAACCUGAAUCCGAGUUGGAAACCUUUUAAAAUCCCUUUGCGAUCUCUGUGCAAUGGUGAUUUUGACAGAAGUAUAAAGGUGGAUUGCUAUGACUACGAUAACGAUGGCUCACAUGACCUAAUUGGCAUAUUUGAGACAAAUAUGACCAAACUUCAGGAUGCAACAUACAGCUCACCAGCGGAAUUUGAGUGCAUUAAUCCGAAGAAGAAACAGAAAAAGAAAGGUUACAAAAACUCUGGGAUUGUGAGUUUUAAAUUGUGCAAGGUCGUGAAGGAGUACACUUUCCUGGAUUACAUUAUGGGAGGCUGUCAACUAAACUUUAUAGUUGGAAUUGAUUUCACAGGUUCUAAUGGGGAUCCUCGGUCACCAAACUCGCUGCAUUAUUUAAAUCCAAGUGGAUUUAAUGAAUAUCAGAUGGCAAUCUGGGCCGUUGGAGCGGUCAUUCAAGACUAUGACACAGACAAAUUAUUCCCAGCAUUUGGAUUUGGUGCGCAAAUUCCUCCUAACUGGCAGGUAUCACAUGAAUUUCCACUUAACUUCAAUCUUCAAAAUCCAUUUUGUGGAGGGGUGCAAGGGAUAAUUGACGCCUACCGCAACUGCCUUCCUCAAGUCAGGCUUUAUGGUCCGACAAACUUCUCUCCAAUUAUAAACCAUGUGGGGAGGUUUGCAGCUGCAGCAGCUCAGCAGCCCAAAGCUUCUCAAUAUUACAUCUUGCUGAUCAUCACAGACGGAGUGAUAACAGAUUUAGAUGAAACAAGACAGGCCAUUAUUAAUGCAGCAAAGUUGCCAAUGUCCAUCAUCAUUAUUGGUGUUGGUGGAGCAGAUUUCAGUGCUAUGGAGUUUCUGGACGGUGAUGAUGGAGUUCUGAAAUCACCCGCUGGAGAGCCAGCCAUCCGAGACAUUGUCCAAUUUGUACCAUUUCGGAAGUUUCAAAAUCCACCAAGCACAACACCUGGAAGCUGCAGCGAAUCAUCCGAUCAGCAGAGAAGGUUAUUGGCUGCAACCCUCCCUCCAUUGACGAACUGUACACUGCAAGGGUCAGGAAGCGAGCGGGCACCCAAAGAAGUUCUUGCACAGAGUGUACUGGCCGAAUUACCUCAACAAGUGGUGUGCUACUUCAACUCGCGCAAACUCCAACCUCCCAAUGAACCACCUUCUUAAUUAUCUGAAAGUCCGGUCUGACAAUAUAUGACCUAGAAGUAAAUUCAACGUAGUACGUAAAUCUUCAGUUCUACCAGUAUGUCUCCCUAAACAUUAAAUGCACGAUAUACAUAUAUAGGUGACAUUAAAUUCAUUCUCACUAACAUUUUGAGUAACUCCAAAGACAAUAUAAUUGGCCAAAUUAACUGAUUGUGUCAAAUAUUUAUGCAGUAAUUUAAAUUCAACUCAUUCAACAAAUUAAUCAUUCGAGACUGGAGUAACUUUCAUCUCAUUUUCUCUUUACAUUUUCUGUUAUAUAUUCCACAUGUUGUCUCCAUUUUUUUUUACUCUUUUUUUAAAUGUACAGUUUUUUAUAUUGGGGCCAAAUAACUUAAUAUAAGAUAGAUGCUUUUGAAUGCUUGGGGUUUUCAUAUUCUAGCACCUUAAAUAUUAAUUUUUAAAAUAAUAGCUGAAUAUAUUUCCUUAAAAAAAGUUAAUGCUGAAUAAUCACAUGUAAUCACUCAAAAACAAUAACAUUCUUCUCUGUUGUUUGAAGAGUAUAGUAUGUCAGUCAUUGGGACCCUGGCAGUUUGUUGAUAGCUGGUAACUUAAACAUUAACCAGAAUUAAAACGAGAAGGAAGGAAUAUUCUUAAAUCGGUCAGUAAGCUUCCAUGUGUAGGGAGGAACUGCAGAUGCUGGUUUAAACCGAAGAUAGACACAAAAUGCUGGAGUAACUCAGCGGGACAGGCAGCAUCUCUGGAGAGAAGGAAUGGGUGAUGUUUCGGGUCGAGAUCCUACUUCAGACUCAAGAAGGGUCUUGACUUGAAAAGUCACCCAUUCCUUCUCUCCAGAGAUGCUGCCUGUCCCGCUGACUUACCCCAGCAUUUUGUGUCUAUCUUUGGUUUUCAUUUAACUUUGCAUGAAUGAGUACCUCAAUUAAAUGUACCAACUUUUAUCUGUUCUUGCUGGUUUGAAGAUCUAAAAUACUGAAGUCAAAAUAUUUAUGAAGGCAACCAAGCAUAGGGUGAAAGCAUGUUCUUACUUUGAAAUGUACCCAGCUAUCAAGUGGUGUGGGGGGAUUACAACAUACAGAAGAUAAGCCAUUCAAAGUAGUCCUAUCAAAAGCAUAUUCUGAAUAUAUUAAUUAAAAGUGCCAAAAAGUUCCAAUUGUAGUUCAAUCUGAUGUUGUUUGUCAAUGCAGAAAGUGCAAUUUAUUAAAAAAAAAUAGUUACUUUAUAUAUGUCAUUCACUAAGUAUUUACUGACCUUUUUUUGUCUGAUAAUGUUGUCCAGAGUAUAUUAGACAUAAAUGCAUUUGUUAUUUUUAUAUAGUUACAGCAUUUUUGUAUUGAUAUUUUAAAAUGUUAUACCAUUCGUAAUUCAUUGGAAACCUUUAGUUUCAAGGUCAGUUUAUUGUCACGUACCAAUUAAGGUGCAGUGAAAUUUGAGUUACCAUCCAGCCUGAAAUUACACCAUUUUACAAACCAGUCGUUCUAACUUUCGAGUUGUAAACAGAACCAACUAUUUGUGCUACCGAAUGUACAAUUACAAACCAAAAAUGAUUGGGUUGAAAUUAAAUCAGUAUUUCAAU